AUGUGGCGGUGCAUUGCUCGCGGCCUCCGCUCUCCUGCCUCCUCCGGCGGCGGCGGCGGCGGCGGCGGCUCCCUCCGAUCUCGCGUUUCCCGAUUCUUCUCCUCCGAAUCGUACACCAUAGUCGACCAUAAGUACGAUGCCGUCGUCGUAGGAGCUGGAGGCGCGGGGUUGAGAGCCGCCAUCGGACUUUCUGAACAUGGUUUCAACACGGCUUGUAUCACCAAGCUCUUUCCAACCCGGUCACAUACUGUUGCCGCUCAGGGUGGUAUAAAUGCUGCUCUGGGAAACAUGAGUGAAGAUGACUGGAGGUGGCACAUGUAUGAUACUGUUAAGGGGAGUGACUGGUUAGGUGAUCAAGACGCAAUUCAAUACAUGUGUAGAGAGGCACCAAAAGCAGUGAUUGAGCUUGAGAAUUAUGGCCUACCAUUUUCUCGAACUGAAGAUGGAAAAAUAUAUCAGCGUGCAUUUGGCGGCCAAAGCCUUGAUUUUGGAAAAGGUGGACAGGCUUAUCGUUGCGCAUGUGCAGCUGACAGAACUGGGCAUGCACUGUUGCACACCCUAUAUGGCCAAGCAAUGAAACAUAACACGCAGUUCUUCGUUGAAUAUUUUGCCUUGGAUCUAAUAAUGAACGGUGAUGGCAGUUGUCAAGGAGUGAUUGCUUUGAAUAUGGAGGAUGGGACACUACAUCGGUUCCAGGCCACUCAAACUAUUCUGGCCACAGGGGGCUAUGGUAGAGCAUACUUUUCUGCAACAUCAGCUCAUACAUGCACGGGAGAUGGCAAUGCUAUGGUUGCAAGGGCUGGAAUUCCCCUUGAAGAUUUAGAGUUUGUACAAUUUCACCCAACUGGAAUAUAUGGUGCCGGAUGCCUCGUAACUGAAGGUUCACGAGGAGAGGGUGGUAUCCUUCGUAACAAUGAGGGCGAAAGAUUUAUGGAACGGUAUGCCCCUACAGCCAAGGAUCUUGCGUCAAGAGAUGUUGUCUCAAGAUCAAUGACCAUGGAGAUACGCGAAGGCCGUGGUGUAGGACCACUUAAGGACCAUAUAUAUCUUCAUCUGAAUCAUUUACCUCCCGAAGUACUGAAGGAGAGACUUCCUGGUAUCUCUGAAACUGCUGCUAUCUUUGCUGGAGUGGACGUGACGAAAGAACCCAUCCCUGUCUUACCCACCGUGCAUUAUAACAUGGGUGGUAUACCCACUAACUAUCACGGAGAGGUUGUUACAAUCAAAGGCGAUGAUCCAGAUGCAGUUGUUCCUGGACUCAUGGCUGCUGGAGAGGCAGCCUGUGCAUCUGUUCAUGGUGCUAAUCGGCUUGGUGCAAAUUCUCUUCUUGAUAUUGUUGUAUUUGGGAGAGCUUGUGCUAACAGAGUUGCCGAAAUACAUAGGCCAGGGGAGAAACAAAAACCUUUGGAAAAGGAUGCUGCUGAGAAAACUAUCGCAUGGCUGGACAAGAUCAGAAUCAAUGGCUCACUUCCAACGUCUAAAAUUCGGUUAAAUAUGCAACGAGUUAUGCAAACCAAUGCUGCUGUCUUCCGUACCCAAGAAACUUUGGAAGAAGGUUGUAAGUUAAUCGACAAGGCGUGGGAAAGCUUCCAUGAUGUGCAAGUGAAGGACCGUAGUUUGAUAUGGAACUCAGACUUGAUUGAGACUCUGGAGUUGGAAAACCUUCUGAUAAAUGCCUGUAUCACCAUGCAUUCUGCUGAAGCCAGGAAAGAGAGCAGAGGAGCCCAUGCCCGUGAAGACUUCACGAAAAGAGAUGAUGAAAAAUGGAUGAAGCACACUUUGGGGUUCUGGGAGAAUGAGAAGGUUCGGCUAGAUUACAGACCAGUUCAUAUGAAUACGUUGGACGAUGAGAUCGAGUCAUUCCCACCAAAGGCUCGAGUGUACUAAUGAAGGCAACUAAGAUUUGGGUGGCGGAUGGUGGCCAGAGAAAUGUUCAUAUGGGCGAAUAACAUGCAACAUUAAUAGAUUGCAAUAAAUUGCUUGUGAUUCAGCACUUCAGCAACGACUGUUGCUUUCUACAGUUUUGCCAGAUUAAAUUUUGCAUUUGCUCAAGGGAGGCAAAUAUUUAUCUUUGGGGAUGGUCUGACAUGGGUAGUAUUGUAUUUCCCGUGUCCUUAACCCCUGGGGGUUUUUCCGCCUUAGUCAUCCGAAUCUCUCCCUAAUGUUAUUGUUGCAAGUUCGAAAUUGUGGGCCCAUGAAAAUAAGAAUUUGUACCUGGUAAGUUAAGAAUGCCCAUUUGCAAAGUAAAAAGGUGCACUUUCGGGAUGUA